CAUUGGAACCCACACCACUAUUUCAUCCUCGUCAUCACUCAUCUUUCCAGAGAGAGAAACCCAAGAGUGAGAGAGAGAGAGACAGAGAGAGACCAUUCUUUCCUACCCAUAUCAUCGAAAUUAACGAAAUGGGAAUCUCCCACGACGGUGCCGGAGUUGCCCGGCCGCCCAAGUCUUUUACGCCCGGGUGGAACGUGGCGGCCAAGCCCUGCGACUACUGCAGCUCCGCCGCCGCGCUCCUCUUCUGCCACGCACACUCUGCCUUCAUGUGCAUGGCCUGCGACUCCAAGGUGCACGCUUCUGACGACAAGCAUGAGCGGGUCUGGAUGUGCGAGGUGUGUGAGCACGCCCCCGCCGCCGUCACUUGCAAGGCGGACGCCGCCGCGCUAUGUGUCUCCUGCGAUCGCGAUAUCCACUCCGCCAACCCCCUCGCCCGUCGCCACGAGCGUGUUGCGGUGGUUCCCUUCUACGAGACCGCCGAAUCCAUGUUGAUGACAUCAUCCGGCGCUGCCAACCUCUCGGUGCCAGUCAGCGGCUCCGCCAGUGACAUGUUCGCCGCUCCACCGAGCGACGGAGAUUCGUGGGCUUCCACUAACCCGAUUUUUGCAACCAAACUUCCGGCGGAUACUCCGGUCGACGUAAAAUCACUGGAAUUCUUCUUCUCGGACUCGGAUCAGUUCCUGGAUUUCGACAACUACCAAAUUUCCUCACAGACUUACGGCGGCGACAGUGUUGUCCCUGUCCAAACAACCAUCAAACCGUCGGUCCCCGUUCAGUCAACUCAUCAAUUCUCGCCGGAAAACCGGUUCGAGAUCGACUUCACGAGAUCAAGAAUCGCUUCUUACAACAGCAACUACACCACCCCAUCUCUCAGCCACAGUGUCUCAUCAUCGUCAAUGGACGUCGGAAUCGUGCCGGAGGGUAGCUCCAUGUCAGAAAUAUCAUCAAGAACAAUGAGCACGUCAAGCUUUGAUCUAAGCGCAAACCCAGCUCCACAACCAGCCGGACUUGACCGAGAAGCUAGGGUUUUGAGGUACAAGGAGAAGAGAAAGAACCGCAAAUUCGACAAGACCAUCCGUUAUGCUUCCCGGAAGGCGUACGCGGAAACCCGGCCAAGAAUUAAAGGCCGCUUCGCUAAAAGAACCGAUUCUGAGUCCGAUAUCGACGGAAUAUUCAGCUCCGGCGGUGGUAGUUUCUUCGGCGACGCAAGAUACGGAGUGGUCCCGUCUUUCUGACGCCGGCUGAGAGUAAUUCUCCGGUGGGUAUUAAAUUAAAUCAUAUAUAAUUGAAGCAAAAUAUGUUAGUAAUUAAAAUUCUGGUGCUGUUCUUCAUCUGACUGUUGAAUUCCAGGGAAAUUUGUAUCACUUCUAAAUUAAUAUUGAUAAAGCUCAGCAACUUUUUUGUUGAAGUGAAGGGCUUUUUGUUUAAGUUUGUUAGUCAACUUUUACUUCAA